AUGGGGGCUUCAGAGUCCAAGCUUGUCUUUAAACAGGGCAUCUUCCGCCUCUCGGAACAGGAGAUCCCCGCAGACGACCCCUACUGGACCAGAUUUUGGGAGCUCCCCGAAUCCACAGAGGAUGUCUUCAGCCUGUUUACCCCGGCUGACAUCCGACGAACUCGCGAUCAGGCCCUACCCAAUUUCCAAACCCUCAUACUCGCAGUGACCUCGCGGCUGACGGUGCUGAAAAACCACCCUUCGUUCCCCGAUCCGGAUCUUGCCCCCGAAAGCCAUGUCCUCAACUGCAUUCGCAUCCUAACCCGCCUACUCCCCUAUGUCUAUGAAGCGGAGCAUUUGGAGGGAUGGGAGGAGAACUUCUUCUGGGCGCGGCGGCGGAGGCUGGCUCGAAGAGCGCAGAUCUCCGGGGAAGUUCUCUUUGAUGAAGCACAACCCGAAGACCAGGAAGAAGGGACAUCCCCGCGGACUGACGAUUAUGAGGAUGUCAAGCCUUUGGCCGAGGAGCUGAUAGACACGUUGAUCGACCUGCUUUUCUUCGCCGACUUCACAAUCCCUCGCCUCCCGACUGCGAAGAGCAAAGUCUCAUACUCGAUUUGGCAGAGUGGUGUUGGUUGCAAUACGGCCAUGGGAAGCAGCAAGGCCUACGAGAACAACCGUUGCGAAAUUCUGCGGCUGAUGCUUACUCUCACCGGAAAGGCUAUGUACUUGCCAUCAAACACAUUGCCUGUUCAGGGCGUCCAGGCUAUCACCUACAUCACAACGUGUCAAGAUAAGCAAGUUGUCUUGACUGUUCUCUGCUCCCUGCUCAACACGGCGAUGAAGUACAACCCAGCUUCAUGGAGGGUUCCAUACGACCAUGUUGUUUGGAAGGAUCCGAAGCAAAUCCUGGUCAUCUAUUGUGUGCAACUUCUACUUGUCCUCUUGAUGUACCCUAUACCGGAAGAUGGCCGUGGAGCCCCGCCGAAGAAUUAUUAUCGACACUAUUUUGGUCGGUUACAUAGACCCCAAGACUUCCAAUUCAUCGUGGAUGGCAUGACAAGGAUCUUGAACCAACCGAUGCAAGCUACGAACUCCUAUCUUCCUGGGAGUCAAAGAUCGGUGAAAUGGGCACCUGAGAUGCUGAUGCUCUUCUGGGAGACCCUGCAAUGCAACAAACGCUUCCGUUCUUUCAUCAUAGACUCUAACAGAUCGCAUGAUUUCCUUGUGCUUUGUCUCUUCUAUGCGACAGAGUACAAAUCGGAUGCCUCUAAACAAGGCAUUGUUCGGAUGUGCAUCUUCAUUCUUCAAACUAUGAGUGCGGAACCUACUUUCAGCAAGAGUUUGAACAAUCCAUUCGAGGCCCAGGAGACUCUCCCGCAGUCAAUCCGAUUACUCAAGUUCCGAGGCUCCUAUGGUGACUUCUUCAUCAUGUCUAUUCACACUUUGAUUACGACCAGCAAAGGAAACCUGGAUACAGUCUAUCCUGCUCUGUUGAUCAUUCUGAGCAACAUCGCUCCCUACAUCGAGCGCACAUCCCCUAGCGCGUGUUCAAAGAUCAUCCAACUCUUUUCGUCCAUGUCCGCGCCCAGCUUCCUCUUGGCUAAUGAAACAAAUCACACCCUCCUCGCCUCAUUGCUCGACUUUAUCAACCUCGUUGUUGAGCAUAAAUUCAUCGAAAAUCCAUACCUUGUCUAUGCUUUGUUAAAGUACAGGCAACGUUUCGAAGCUGUCCGGGCUUUCACCCUCGAAAGUGGUCAGCAAGAAAUCGAGCGCCAGAAUGAGAAGAAGAAAGCCGGAAGUGUUUCUGAAUCAGCAACCAGCCCGACCCUUUCACACUCAGAGGAUGAUCUGCACACUCCUUCAGGCGCUCGAUCGCCAUUGGGCCGAAUUCCCGAAGAGAACAGCCCAUUCGCAAUUGGCGAUGAUGAUUCUGAUGAUGAGCGAGAUAUUGAUGGGCCCCGGACGCCAUCUCAAUCAUCACCAUCGGCUCAGACUUCCCGAAGGCCGUCCAUGGCCUCCACCAUCGACGAGGAUGGCGUGUCGAUGGUCCGCGGAAUGUCAGAAAAGGCCCGCGGGAAGAAACCGGCCGGCCACCCUCCCUUCUCCCGGCAGAACAGCAUGACAAGUCAAACAAGCGUCACUGCCUUCUUCGCCCCCUCCGCAAGUGGCUUCACGCCAACCGUUCCCUGGCUCGAAUCCUGGUUGCCCGAGCUUCCACUUCAUUCCAUUCUCACCAUCAUCUCCGCCAUCGCACCUCACAUCCCCGGCACAGCUCUCCAAAGCACAACGAGCCCAGAGGCCCGCACGCUCAUCCACAACCUCCCUUCUUUCGCCGACGAGCCCGAAGUGAAAAGUAUCAUAUCCGAGCCAACCCCCGUCCGCGCCCAGUCAUUUGAAUGGUCCGCCCUCUCCAUGGGCUGGUACGAGUCCCUGCUGUGGGGCUUCAUCUUCUCUAGCGAGAUGGUAGUCGGGUCCGCCGCCGGUGCGACACCGGGAACAGUCGGUGUCUGGAACGGUACAGCCAUCAAGCUCUUCCGAGUCCAGGAGGCGGCUGCCUUGGGGCCAACAUUACUUGCCCCGAAGGGUGCAGUUGAUGCAGUUGGUAGCAAUCUGGUUCAGCGAAUUGGAAACCUCAGUCUGAGAGGUCGGGACUCAACCUCGCAGGAGGCUGCUUCGCCGAGUGUCCGGGAGGUUUAG